CGCGUGCUCCCACCCUUCCCGCUGAACAGACCCCACCUGUCAGGUAGAAACAGCGCGCGCGGUCAAAGCGCCCGCAGCGACCUGAAAUCCCGGGCCGCCAUGCAGUCUCCGGUCAGGAAUUCUCCCGUCAGGCCGGGUUUCCACCGGGUGGAGGUGCAGAAAACCACCUGGGAUGUCCCGGAGAGAUACGCGACGCUGCUGGCGAUCGGCUCCGGAGCUUACGGCACAGUGUGCUCCGCCAUCGACCAGAAGACCAAAGAGAAGGUGGCGAUCAAGAAGCUGUAUCGGCCCUUUCAGUCCCUCAUCCAUGCGAAGCGAGCCUACAGGGAGCUCAGGCUGCUCCGCCACAUCCAGCACGAUAAUGUGAUCUGCCUUCUUAACGUCUUUACACCCGACUCCACACUGGAGAAAUUCCAAACCUUUUACAUGGUGAUGCCCUUUGUAGCCCAAGAUCUGGGCCACAUUAUGAAGAGAAAGAGAUUAUCUGAUCGCAUCAUCACAUAUCUGUUUUAUCAACUGCUAAGAGGCCUGAAGUACAUCCACUCUGCUGGGAUCAUACAUCGGGAUCUGAAGCCGGGCAAUCUGGCCGUGAGUGAAUCCUGUGAAUUAAAGAUUCUGGAUUUUGGUCUGGCGAGACAAACUGAGAGUGAAAUGACUGGUUAUGUGGUCACACGCUGGUACAGAGCACCUGAGGUCAUUUUCAACUGGAUGCACUACAGUCAGGCAGUGGACGUCUGGUCAGCCGCCUGCAUCCUGGCUGAAAUGAUCACCAGCACUGUGCUUUUCCCAGGACACGACAGUAUUGAUCAGCUGAAGAAGAUCCUCAAUCUGACAGGAACACCAGACUCGUCCCUAGUGCAGAAGAUGCAGAGUAAAGAUGCACAGUCAUAUGUGCAAGGUCUGCCCUCACAAAAGAAGAAGAAUUUUAAAUUAGUGUUUCCAACAAUGAAUGAGAAAGCUUUAAACCUUCUGGAGGGGAUGUUGCUGCUGGAUCCAGAGAAGAGGCUCACAGCCAAUCAAGGACUGGCCCACCCGUUUCUGUCAGAAUACCACGACGCAGACUCAGAACCAGACUCCAAACCUUACGAUGACUCCUUCGAGAGCCUUGAGCUCGAUGUCGGAGAAUGGAAGAGUCUUAUCCACAUGGAGAUCAUGACUUUUGACCCCGAUAACCCAGGCCAGACAGCCAUGUAAGACAUGUCGGUGUGGCUGUCUGUGUCAGGUUCAAAGGUCAAGAACAAUUGGGGAGGGGUUGAAAGCAGCAUGAACUGUUUUAGCAUUUUUGCUUCAGCUUACAUGUUUAUCAUUUGAUACAAGAUUCAAUAAAGGGCAGGUUUUGUGGAUAUGGUUGCCUGUACAGCCAUGGCGGAAAGAUGCUGUUUAUUUUAUUAGCAAGUUUAUUAAUUUUACAGUUGAAGCCAGAUAUUUACAUACACUAUACAAAGGCACAUAUUCUUUUUCCCAUCAUAUACCCUGCUACUUUCUAAAUGUCACAAUAAUGAUACAUAGACUUCUUUUUAACUUUCCACAAAUCCAUUAGUUUCCCUACAUUUUCUUAAUAUUUGGAAGAAUUGUCCCAUAAACCAUAUGACUUGAUUCAAACAUUCUGGGGUUCAUUCCAUAAGCUUCUCACAAUAGCUUGCUAGAAAUUUGUCCCAUUCCUCCUGAAUAAACUGGUGUAACUGAGUCAGACUUGUCACUCACACACCAUUUUUAAGCUACAACAUUUUGAUGGAGCUGAAGUCAAUGUUUUGUAAUGACCACUGCAAAAACAUCGAUAUUGUUGCCCUUAAGCCACUUUGUAACUAAUCCAGAUCUGUACUGUGGAAGGUCUGUUUGUGCUGACAUCUGUUUCCCCACUGCAUGACAUUCUUUUCCUUUCUAAUCAACUUUGUGAAGUUCACUUGUAAAGUUUCCCUUGCUCCAAACAUAAUGAUGGUCAUGUGCACAAACACCACAUGACACCAUAGAGAAUGUCUCCAAAAAUGAUCCCUUGGACAUUUAUAAAUUGUAAUCUGGCUUUUUAUGUUGUUUGGAGUAAUGGCUUCUUCUUCUCUGCUUGGCCUUUCAGUCCAUGUUGGUAAAAGACUAGUUUCAGGACAAAACUGUGUUUCUCCCUGUGACAUCAAAGUCUGUGGUUUAUCCAACAGUAUUUAAGUCUGACAUCUACCUCCUCCUUUCACGACCAGAAACAGAUCUAGAGCAGCCAUGGCAACUCAACAAACACUGAAUCAGUUUUUAGGUGGGAAUGAUGUAAGCUAUGUGCUUUAUUUAAGAUGUAUUUCAGUGUCACUGGUUGUUCUAAACAAAGAAAUUGACUGUUGUUAUUAAUCUGUAACCUAAACCCUUAUGAAUGCCAAUAACGGCAACUAAAAUGUUUGUUAAAAAAAAGUUUAUAAACUGCCUAAAUGUACUGAAAUAAAAACCUAAGGAUUA